GGCGCCCCCGAGACACACGGGCCUCCCGCGCCCCCUCCUUUGAUGGCACCGCCAGCGGCGGCCCCUCCCUCGGCCCCGGUCGGUAUAACAGUAGCCCGCGCACGUCCCGGGAGGCGCGCUGGGUCCGGGAGCGAUGGCCGCUGUGGAGUCCCGCCAGCUUCAGUGCGCCGAAGGCGCCACGUUCCCCGCGUCCCGGCCGGCCCCCGCCGGAGGGGCCUUCCCGCCACGUCUCGGCCCCGCGCCCCCCGGCCCGCAGCGCGGCGCCCCGGCCCCUUCCGCUGGCUUCCUCGGCGGGCGCCCGGGACCGACCCCGCCGCUCCCCGGCGGCCCGCGAUCGCGAUCGCCCCCUAGAGGCGCGGCCGCCCCGUCGGCGUCGCAGCGCCGCAAGCGCACGUCGUUCAGCCCGGAGCAGCUGCAGCUGCUGGAGCUCGUCUUCCGCCGCACCAUGUACCCCGAUAUUCACCUGCGGGAGCGCCUGGCCGCGCUCACUCUGCUCCCAGAGUCCAGGAUUCAGCAUUUUUUUUCCUGCCCUCCCCAGGUAUGGUUCCAGAACAGGCGAGCCAAGUCAAGACGUCAGAGUGGGAAAUCUUUCCAAUCUUCAGCUAGGCCAGAGAUUUUCCUCAACCAUGUUGCUCCUGGAACUGGAAUUGAAAUGAAAUGUUUGAAGUCCCAGCUACCUCCUGAGGUAGAAGGGAACUGCUUGACUGAUCCAAACAGAAUUGGAGGAGGCAACUCUGUCUCUAGCUCCCAAGGUCAGAAUUGUGAAACCUAUUCCCCUCUGUCUGAAGACAUUGCUUCAAAGCUAGAUUUGUGGGAAGAACACAUCUUUGCUGCCUUUGAUAACUUUUGAGGAUUCAGGAGAAUUUGGGAUAAUCUCAGAGGAACUAUGAGUAAUAUGCCGGGAGCCGCACAUCAGAAUACUGUCCUCUCUGACUCCCAUGUCCAGGACAUGUCCUUGUUAACCUCAACGAUAGUUUUGACCACCUUUCAUCUUUGAAGGUUCUCCCCACCACUUUUUGCCAGCAAACAUCCUUCUGCCACCAGGAAUUCUGGCUCUCAUUUUUAUGUGUGUAUGUCUCAGGUGUUCACAUUCAACUUAGCCUGCGUCCUUGUACCUUCUUGACAGGUCCGUUCUUAUUUUGGAGGCUGGUUGUUCAGAAUGUAGUAUCUUCUUCAUAAGAACCUCUCAGCUUGACUCAGUUUCCCCUUGUGCUUGACAGCUGCCAUCUUCUCAUGGUCCCACCAAGGCUGAUAACCUUAACCUCACUCUAACCCUUAUGCUAUCACCCAGAUUUAUUAUUUUUUUAUUUGCCUGUCAUCUUUACAUUCAAUCAUAGCUCCAAUCAAAACACUCAAGACCCACCCCCUCUUCCUGAUGUCUGAAACUGUAGCUCUAAUCCUGAUUUUGUAUGUUACUCAAAUCACUCCAACAUUACCCUUAGCACUUG